AGAAGAUAACGGCGGCGAUGGCGGAUAUCUUACCACCGUUAACGACGAAACAAGCCCUUGAGAAAGUUGAUAACUCGAACCUCACUUGUCCUGUUGGAUAUGACUUCCUCGAUAAGGAAGCUUUCAACAUCUUAAACCCUGAUUAUUUCAGGGGUUUAUAUUUAGCAUACUGCCCCGGCUUUUUUGAUGAAAAGCUUCAUAUCAGUUCAACGAUGGGGCCAGACCAUUAUCAGCUUGGUGCCUACUACUUAGACCAAAAGCUGUCGUUUUAUGGAACUGUUAAUUCUCAUGGUGACCUAUCUGCGAGAAUGCAAGCCGAUAUAACUGAUAAGUUGAUUGUGCAUGCAAAGACUGAGCUGAGAAAUACACACUUGUACCAGGCACAAGUCAACUUUGAAUACCUGGCUCUAAACUACAGAGCUCAAUUUCAACUCGGGAGCAAUAGCGCUAUUGGAGCAACAUAUAUUCAACGUGUGACACCUCGUCUAUCUUUGGGUGGUGAGUUCUUCUGGGCCAGUAUGGCUCAAGAGUCGGGUGUAGGUUAUGCUGCCAGAUACGAGACCGAUAGGAUGGUCGCCUCUGCUAAAGUUGUUAGCAUUGGUAGAGUAAUUAUGACCUAUGUUCAAAAGAUUUCAAAAAAGGUUUCACUUGCCACUGAUUUUGUAUACGAUUGCUUUUCAAGAGAUGUUAAAACUAGUGUUGGAUAUGAAUGGGACAUUUCUAGACUGUCUAGUGUCCAGGGAAUGAUUGAUUCUGACGGUGUUGCAUCUGCAAUUCUUAAAAAAGAAAUGAAUAUGGGACUGGAGUGUCUUCUAUCUGCAAGUUUAGAUCAUAAGAACAAGGAUUACAGGCUUGGUUUGAGCUUAACAUAUGGUUAAGAACUGCAGAAAAGAUGCCUUAAGGGGGAAGACUACAUUGAUAUGAAUCACAAAUCAACUUGUUCUGAUCACACAACCAAAACUUGUUUCCGUUGGUUUCUGUUCUUGUGGGUCUAUUAGCAAGAAGUUACUACAAAGAUAUGAUAAACUCCGGCGUAGUACCUCACAGAAAAUACCAAAAUAGGUAAUUUUCUUGAUGCAGCAUUUCACAACAUCCCCAACACGAAGCUUAGCCAUAAGAUUUCGUUUUUUCUCAACUUCCUCUUCAUUUUCUCUCGGCCUCAUCGAAAAUAUAAGCUUCCUUGAGUUUCGAUUAGCCAUAACAACAUUCACUUUGAUUUUCUGCAUUGAGUUGAAAUGUUUAGGGAGGAAAAACAAGCAUUUCCAUGUAUGAUAAUAAAAGUUACAGAUU